UACGUUUUCUCCUGAACAUUGAUUUUACUAGAGGGAUUGCAUUAUUGGGUUAUUUCUUGCUCCCGUUUUACUGUGGGGUUUACUCUUGAGAGAGACUCGUGGGUAUUCUGUUUAAGGCGUCUGCAUAAGUAAAUUUGGAUGGUUCUUGCUCAUCGAAGCUGUGACUCUGGAACGCAAAUGGGGUGGUUCUAGGAAUUGAGCAUUUUAAAUAUCUGGAGCUUUGUUGGAGGUGAAUCCUUGUAGCAUGUUGGAUUGUGAUUACAAUGUCCUGUAAGCUACUUCCUCUUCAUUUUUAGUAAAAUUUAAGAGCUUUUAAUUUGUCUUGUUGGCUUUGAUGUUGGGGAUGUUGGAUGUGAUCCUGACGAUGUCUUUCCAAACACUGAAUUAUCCAUCCCAGACAUUUUGUUAUGCUAAUACACCUAGAAACAAGUACAACGCAAGGUCUUAUCAAGUUCAAGCUAUACCUCCAUCAUCAGUUAUCCUGAGUGCAGAUGAAAGUGGGAAAUUUUCUGACAAUAAGAAGGUUUAUGGCUCAAAUCUUACUUCCAGAAGGGUUGAAUCCGCUACUCCUCUGAUCAGCGAAUCGAGUAGUGUGGGUAUAAUUGGAGGGGUAUCUGUUGAUGCUACCCUGAAAUUUUUGAGAAAACUUGUGGAGUUGAGUUCAUCAGAAGAAGAUGGAAUAAAUUCCCUUCCUUUUGCAGUCUGUUCUGAUCCUUUGUUAAAUAAGGAGCUGAUGUCCUAUGAGAAGAGUCACUUUUACUCUGGCAGAAGCAAAGCCGAAAGUUUGAACUUGGAUACUUCUUCAGUUGUGCAUAAUCUUAGGAAUAAAAGGAGUUUUCUGGAGAAAUCCGGGGCUUCUUGCAUAGUGAUGCCUUGUCACAUAUCACAUUCCUGUUAUCCAGAAGUAUCUCAGGAAUGUUCUGUCCCUUUUCUUCACAUGGGAGAAUGUGUUGCUAGUGAGCUCAAGGAAGCUAAAUUAAAGCCACUUGAAGCUGGUAGUCCCCUGCGGAUUGGAUUGCUUGCAACCAAUGCGACUCUAGCAGCUGGAUUUUAUCAGGAGAAACUUCAGAAUCAAGGGUUUGAGGUUGUGCUGCCAGAUAAAGCAACUAUGGAACAUACAGUGAUACCUGCAAUUGAAGCUUUGAAAAGAAAGGACAUGGAAGGUGCAUGCAAUCUAUUGAGAAUUGCUCUUCAAGUUCUUCUGGUUAGGGCAGUGAGCUUAAUUGUCCUUGCCUCUCAUGACAUGUGGGAUCUCUUGCCCCAAGAUGAUCCUCUUCUUAAGAAAUGUAUCGAUCCCAUGGACGCCCUGGCUCGGUCAACUAUCAAAUGGGUAAAAUCUUCUGCAGAAAAAGCAUAGGAAAAUGGGAAGUGCUCGACCGGUUCACGUAUUUUCAGUCUUCUGUUAUAUUGAUGAUCGCCCGUUUCUUGUUAGAAUGAACUUAAAAAUCGUAUUCUUUAUGUAUAGUAAUAUGUUAAACCUUCUUUAAACUUGGGGUGAUUUGCAAGUAGACCCCCAUGCCUUCAAAAUAAAAAAUCAAGUCCUCAAACGCUA